AUGACCGACCCUUCCGACCUCAAUGUCGCUCGAGACUUCGGUGAUGCUUUGAGCAGUCUACCCUUACAUAUCCUGCACGCAGAAUUGCAGCGACGCCAGGAUGGCAACGAGAAGCCGGCAUGCGGGAGCUCCGGAAAGCAGGGAAGCUACACUAUGGGCGCUCACGUCUUCGCCCUAUUCCUCAUCCUCGCAUUGAGCACACUUGCAUGCUCUUUCCCAGUGAUAGCCCGCCGCUUCCCGAAACUACCUAUACCGCACCGCUUCCUCUUCCUCUCAAGACACUUCGGGACCGGUGUACUCAUUGCGACCGCCUUCAUUCACCUCCUCCCUACUGCCUUCGUCUCCUUGACCGACCCAUGUCUUCCCGAUUUUUGGAACAGGGACUAUCCGCCCAUGGCCGGUGCAAUAGCGAUGCUCUCAGUCUUCAUGGUCGUGUCUAUAGAAAUGUUCUUUGCGACCCGCGGCGCAAAGCACGAGCAUAACCAUGAGUGGGCACAAAUACCCGACGAUGAGAUAUCUUCAAUACCACACGCCCAUGGAAAUGGCCAUAGCCCUCUUCUACCGCGUGACGAGAUCAACGGCCGUAUAGCUCUAUCUAACCUACAAAGUCCUUCAACGGCAUCAGCCAAUGGUCAUCUCGGAUCGCCGCAGCCACCACCCUUCCGAGCAACGCGCUCUGAUGUCGACGAUGAAGAUGACUCGGACCUCGAAGAUCUCAACGCGCUAGAUCCCAUCGAAGCCGACUCUCAACCGUUCACGCAAGCCGCUAAACCCCCCCACAAUCGGCGCGACUCCCAGUCCCAGACUCUUGCAGACCGCGACCCACAAAAGGCUCUCCUGCAAUGCCUCCUCCUUGAAGCCGGCAUCCUGUUCCAUUCCAUAUUCAUCGGAAUGGCUGUCUCCGUGACGACCGGGACGGCCUUUGUUGUUCUCCUGAUUGCCAUCUGCUUCCACCAAACCUUCGAAGGUUUCGCACUGGGUUCGCGGAUAGCUGCUCUCAUUCCUGCUCUAUUUCCGGCUUCCUCGCCACGGCCUUGGCUGAUGUGUCUGGCUUACGGGGCAACGACACCCAUCGGCCAAGCUCUCGGCAUUUGGAUGCAUGGGAUGUACGAUCCCGAGAGCCAGGUGGGGUUGCUGAUGGUGGGAAUUACUAACGCUAUUAGCAGUGGUUUGUUGCUUUUUGCCGGGCUCGUGCAGUUGAUCGCCGAAGACUUUCUGAGUGAGAGGAGCUACGAGGCUUUGAAGGGAAGGAGGAGGCUGGAGGCGUGUGCCGCUGUGGGUUUGGGCGGAGUGUUGAUGGCCGUCGUAGGUGCCUUUGCGUGA